UGGCGCUACUCUAGCAGCUGCUUGUGGUAGGGGUGUCAUGUCUGGCAGGGGCAAGGGUGGCAAGGGGCUCGGCAAGGGCGGUGCCAAGCGCCACCGCAAGGUGCUGCGCGACAACAUCCAGGGCAUCACCAAGCCGGCCAUCCGCCGCCUGGCUCGGCGCGGCGGCGUCAAGCGUAUCUCGGGGCUUAUCUACGAGGAGACGCGCGGCGUGCUCAAGGUCUUCCUGGAGAACGUGAUCCGCGACGCCGUCACCUACACGGAGCACGCCAAGAGGAAGACGGUCACGGCCAUGGACGUGGUCUACGCCCUCAAGCGCCAGGGUCGCACCCUCUACGGCUUCGGCGGUUAAACUUAACGUAGUUCUAAUUCAUAUUGUUUUAAACACCAAGGCUCUUUUCAGAGCCACACACAGAUUUCACAAAUAGAGCUUGUAAUUACUUAAGUUACUCAUGCAGAGGAAAUGAACCCUGAAAAGCUAUGUACUAAUAGUUUGUACCUAUACUGUUCUUAAAUUCGUACAACACAGUCCACAUUAAAUUAAAAAAAAUCGUAUUUGCAAUCACAGCUCUUA